UUUAUCAUAUAUAUAUAUUUGAUUUGAUGAGAUAUAUAUUUUUUAAUUUGUACGUGAUUAAAGGUCAUCUUGUGUUUCACGUUAGACCCUCAUGAUAAUCUAGUAUAUAUAUUGCUAUAUACUUUCUUUGCACUAUAAAUACCUUGUCUCCAAAUCCACCUUCAUCAUUUCUUCUCUAACUUUAUUUAUCUAUUGUUUUUUCUUAGUUAUACUAAUGGGAGAUAAGAAUGAUAUUUACAAUGUCAACCUUCCACCUGGGUUUCGUUUUGAUCCCACAGAUGAAGAGCUUGUAGUUCAUUUCCUUCAAAGAAAAGCAACACUCUUACCUUGCCAUCCUCAUGUCAUCCCUGAUCUUCACCUAUACUCAUAUGAUCCAUGGCAACUUCAUGAUAGAGCUUUGUUGGAGGGAAACAAAUGGUACUACUACAGCAGAAGGACACAAAAUAGAGUCACUGAUAAUGGUUAUUGGAAGGCAACAGGAAUGGAAGAGGCAGUGAUUUGUAGUACAAACAAUAAGAAAGUUGGCAUGAAGAAACAUUUUGUGUUCCAUGUUGGAGAAUCCCCUGCUUCAGGUAUCAAAACCAAUUGGAUAAUGCAAGAAUUUUGUCUAUCAGACUCUGCUUCCUCCUCUGCUAAAUCAUCUAAAAGAAAAUCACAACCAAUCAAAGAUUAUAGUAAAUGGGUGAUAUGUCGAGUAUAUGAGCAAAAUGAAGAUGGUGAUGAUGGAAUGGAUCAGCUCUCUUAUUUAGAUGAAGUUUUCUUGUCAUUAGAUGAUCUUGACGAAAUAAGCUUACCAAAUUAUUAAUUAGCUGAUGCAAAUAAGUGAUAAAAUCCAGUAGUUAGCACCGUACGUAGCUUGCCAUUGUAUAAAAUGUAAUCAGUGAAAUGGAUGUAACUAUACAUUUCAAUCAGUAAAAUUUAUAACAAUAUAUUUAUA